AUGACAGUUAUUUGAGCUAACCACUUGAGGCUAGCUCAAGUGGAAAGACAGUUAUUUGAGCAUGUUGUCUCUGAAGGAGCUUUGAGCUUCCAUAUGCAUUUCCUAAAUCUGCUGUCAUAUUAUUAUUCAUUCCAAAACCCAAAAACAUGCUCACAAUUUUGCCACCUCUGCCUUUGAGCUUCCAUCCAAAACUCACAAUCAACUUCUCAGUACCCAAAUACAAGAAAAACCAGAAACAAAAGCAUCAAAACAACAACACCAAAACUUCCCUCUCUUUCCCAAAAUCAUCUCCAACUCCACUCCUUACCACCCAAAACUCUUACCCCAGAACAAAGCUUGACGUACUUGACGCCGUCGUCAAAGAACUCGAAGCAUCAGCGAAGAACCACCGCUUGGAUAUCGAGCUUGAAAUCUUUGCUUCGCUUUUGGAAACUUGUUACGAAUUACGAGCUAUCGACCAUGGUGUCCGAAUUCACCGCCUUAUUCCGCGUAAUAUUUUGAAAAGAAACGAAGGCCUAUCGUCGAAGUUACUUCGUCUGUAUGCGUCUUGUGGUUGCAUCGAAGAUGCCCACCAGGUGUUCGAUGAAAUGCGUAAGAGGAAGAACACAUCCGCUUUUGUGUGGAAUUCGCUUAUCUCCGGAUAUACUGAAUUGGGACAGUACGAAGAUGCUAUGGCGCUAUAUUUUCAAAUGGAAGAAGAGGGAUUUGAGCCAGACAGGUUUACCUUCCCUAGAGUUUUAAAGGCAUGUGGGGGUAUAGGGUCUAUACAAAUAGGUAUGGCUGUGCAUCGACAUGUUGUUCGAUUGGGUUUCACCAAUGAUGGUUUUAUCCUUAAUGCACUUGUUGACAUGUAUGCUAAGUGUGGUGACAUUUUGAAGGCUCGAAGGGUCUUUGAUCUAAUUAGUAGUCGAGAUUCGGUUUCAUGGAAUUCGAUUCUCACCAGCUAUAUUCAUCACGGGCUUUUUUUGCAAGCAUUAGAUAUAUUCCGUGGCAUGCUUCAAGAAGGGCAUCAGCCUGAUUCGAUUGCUGUAUCUGCUAUUCUGAGCAGGGUGACAACAUUGAAGCUUGGGGUUCAGAUUCAUGGAUGGGCAUUUCGACAAGGAAUGGGAUGGAACUUGUCCAUUGCUAAUUCCUUAAUUGUUCUCUAUGCCAAGCAUGGCGAGUUGGAUAGAGCGCAACAGGUGUUUGAUCAGAUGUCUGAGAGGGAUGUUGUUUCUUGGAACUCUAUCAUUUCGGCUCAUUCUAAAGACCCAAAAGCAUUGGUUUAUUUUCAGCAGAUGGAGAGUGCUGGUGCACUGCCUGACAAUAUUACAUUCGUGUCAUUACUAUCAACUUGUGCACAUUUGGGUUUAGUGAAUGAUGGCAAGAAAAUAUUUACUAUCAUGACAAACAAGUACAGAGUAAAACCGAUCAUGGAACAUUACAGUUGUAUGGUGAACCUUUUCGGAAGGGCAGGCCUAAUCGAAGAGGCUUAUAAUGUGAUAGUGGAGCAAAUGGAGUUUGAGGCGGGUCCAACUGUAUGGGGGGCUCUGCUCUAUGCUUGCUACCUUCAUAAAGAUGUAGGAGUCGGGGAGAUUGCUGCUGCACGACUUUUCGAGCUUGAGCCUGACAAUGAACGGAAUUUCGAGCUUUUAAUGAAGAUUUAUGCCAAUGCAGACAGAUUAGAGGAUGUUGAGAGAGUGAGAAAGAUGAUGGUAGACAGGGGAUUAGACUCGUAACUAUCUUUAUGGUUUGUCUUCAAUAUUGAGUCAUUUUCGGCAGAGAUUCAUGGUACAAUCACAGAUCAACUUUGGUUUAUAAGCUACUAUUAUGGGAGCUCCAACAAUUGAUACUGACCAAAUAGAGAGAAGUAAAAUUGUUCUUUGAACGAGUAGCUUCACCUAUAUAUUCAUCUACGUAAUCUACAUACAUGCCAGAAGAUAAUCUGGAUUAGAUAUGUCUCGUUCAGUUAGAACAGUACUCCCAAGAACAAUGUAUUGCAAACACACAUGGGCAAGCUAAAUACCAAAAUAACAGAAGAAUAAAUGUAAUUUUUUCAACGGAACUAUGCUUAUUGUGGGACUUUUGUUAGUUUUUCAUGUGACAAAUUAAUAGAGUAAUUUGCGGCUAA